CAAAACAUUUUGCCAAUUGUAGGUAUAAAUUGCGAUGCCAAGUCAACUGAAGCCACACAUUACAAGCCACAGUCGUGCUAAAAUCAGUUCAAUUGUAAUAGCACAGGCAAGACAAGCCCCGAAGCAGAAAACUCCCACACAAAAAUGCUGUCAAAAAAGCAAAUCUUUCGGUUUAUCGCCUGCUUCGCCGCUCUCAAUAUGGUGUGUGCCUAUCCCCGAGACCAUCCCACACCCACAGAGCAGAUUCAAAGACUGAGUGCUGUCACAGAGGCGGAAACACAACCCAUCAUCUCCACCAGCGAAGCCCUCGACAAUGUGUACCGAUAUGAGCGGACACUGAGCCGCCUGAGGAGAGCAUUGGACGAGCUUGCCUACGAGGAUGAGGCGAACGAUGACAUGGAGCUAGCAGAGAUAAAUGUGUUCCGCCCACUCUUCCGUUAUCGUUCGCAGGUGGCGAGGCAAGUUGGAAAUCCUCAGCAGCAGUUUGGAUAAGCCUCACAAACCAAUUUAUAAGGUUUUACACAUAGAUGCAGCCUCAUUUCGCAUUUUCAUUACUUUUUUUGUACAAAUCGAACGUAAGAAAUAAAAGAGUUAAGUAAUUUAUAUUGUUAAA